GUUGAGUAGUUGAACCUACCCACAAGAAUGCAAGAGUGUGAGGCAAAGGAGCAUGUAAGACACAGGAGUUUUCCUUCCACUCUAGGCCUUUUCUUAGCAAAAGGAAGGCAGAGGAGGUAACUUGCGCAGUUGUCAGGUGAACAUGUGGAUAAAGGAUAACCUUUCAUGGUGUCGGCAUUAACAGGAUCUGAGGAGGGUCGUAUAACGAGAAGGAAAACAUCUGGACCUUGUGUGUACAAAGACGAGGUGUCCAGAGUGGUUUGCUCCUUGAAUAGAGCUUUCAAACCCAUUCCUAAAGGUCUGCGUUCUCUCACGUCCACUUCAUGGAAAGUCAAAGCAGAAGGGACUAAUCUGCAGGUGGAAGUUUGAUUCUGCAUGUUUCUGAGCUGGACACAACGCAUCCACUGUUUCUACUGUCCUUCCCAUCAGAACUUCUGUGAUUUCAAAGACAAACUUCACAUAAAAAUGUUCUGGCAUUCAUAACAGCCAGAGAUGAAUAUGCAUUUGGUUGACUGCUGGCCAUCUCUCAUUCAUUAAUGCUAAAAGGAACAUACAUGAAAGGAAUAAGUUUGCAGUGCUAAACAAAGCUGAGAUCUUACGGAAAUUCAGAGAAGUGGUAUAACCUUCUGGCCAUUUACUAGAAAUUGUAUUUAUGGUUAGGAUGUAUCUACAUAGGAUGUCCUGAGAGACAAGGAUCUUGUCGAACCAAGAUGGAGACGAUUACUAAAUUCUUCAAUGAUUUGGGGACACUUUUGCUCACCAAACACAACGAGGGCAUUUACAACACAGUGUGUGUUAUUGUGCUCCUUAUGCUGCCUCUGCUUGUUUUCGUUACCUCCCUUGUUGUUUGCUGUCACUGCUGCUCGUCCCAUUGCAGUGUGUGCCACUGUUGCUGUUGUAGAGAUUCUAACACACUGACACAGGGUGAUAAGAAAAAGAAAAAAAAGAAGAAAGGUGACCAGAAUGAGGAGGACUUGUGGAUUUCAGUCAAAACGGAUGCCAUGACUACUGAUAGACUGGUCCUUACCAUUGUGUAGUCUGGAAAUGAUCUGUUUCAAAGUCUUGAUAUUUAUAUAUGCCUAGCUCAAAUAUAUAUCACUCACUAGUAAGUCAAGCCAACUGUAUGUAUUAUAAUAAUGAAGAUGUAAGUUAUUUACUCAUUUAAAAGAUGUGAAUGGUGAAAAACAUACUUUCCCAAGCCCUAAACUUUGACUCAAAUUAAAUCGUUUGUGCAAUAGAUGUAGACUUCCCUUUCCUAUAUCUAAAUACAACACUGCUGACAGAACAAAAGAAAAAAAGAGCUUCCUGAACAUUCAAGUUAGGCAAUUGUGUUAAGCAAGAAAUAAAUGCCCUGUGAAAAUGAUAUAUUAAAUAUAUUUUGCUCAAUUCAUUUUCACUGUUCAAAAAAAGAAAGGUGUUGAGAUUUGUAAGAUUAUGAAUGUUUUUUUUUUUGCUUGUUUGUUUGUUUUUUUCUUCUAUAUUAUUGAUAAAUGCAAAUAA